AUGCCCGGCUCAGACCCUGGUGAUGACUUUACUGUCGAUGACUUCAUCGUCGACAUCGAUAGCAUUCAAUCCCAUGGCAUCGGUGCAGCCGACAUCACCAAACUCAAAGCCAACGGGUUCUACACUGUGGCCUCCGUCCAUGGCGCAACCCGAAAGACGCUGCUGAAGAUCAAAGGCUUCAGCGAAGUCAAAGUCGAGAAGGUCAAAGAAGCGAUUCAGAAGUGCCUGCCCUCAGCAUCAGGGUUCAUGACCGCCAUGGAACUAUUCCACCAACGCAAGAAAGUCGUCCGCGUCUCAACUGGCAGCAAACAAUUUGACUCCAUCCUCGGCGGAGGCUUCCAAAGCAUGAGCAUCAGCGAAGUCUUUGGCGAAUUCCGCUGCGGCAAAACCCAACUCUCCCACACAAUGGCCGUCAUUGCACAACUUCCUAAAGCCCUUGGCGGCGCAGAUGGCAAAGUUGCCUACAUCGACACCGAAGGAACCUUUCGCCCCGAGCGUAUCGCGCAGAUCGCCGAACGCUUCGGCGUCGACCCAGACACCGCGCAGGAGAAUAUCGCCUAUGCCCGCGCUCUGAACAGCGAGCAUCAGCUUGAAUUGCUCAAUUCGCUCAGCCGCGAAUUUGUGGUUGGAGAUUAUCGGUUGCUUGUUAUUGACAGUAUUAUGAAUUGCUUUCGCGUUGAUUAUUGUGGACGUGGUGAAUUGGCGGAGAGACAGCAAAAGUUGAAUCAGUUUUUGAUGAAACUGGCGCAUAUGGCUGAAGAGUUUAAUGUAUGUGUCUUGAUGACAAACCAGGUCCAAAGUGACCCUGGUGCUAGUGCACUCUUUGCUGGUGCCGAUGGUCGCAAGCCUGUCGGCGGACACGUUCUUGCUCAUGCGUCGACGACUCGGGUGCUGCUCCGCAAAGGCCGGGGUGAGGAGCGCGUGGCAAAGAUUCAGGACUCGCCCGACUGUCCCGAGCGAGAGGCUAUUUAUGUUAUUACCAACGGGGGUAUCAGUGAUCCUGAUAAAGUCUGA